AAAUAACCUCCACGACUCUGAGAGAGUGGCAUUGAGCGAAUGGGAUCGUGACCGAGAUAUGUUAUAGUGAGAUAAACUUAUUAUACUCUCUGUUCCAGCGAGACUUCAAAGCAGGCUUCGGUUGUCCAAUUUGGCAAGGUCAGCGGCUCGGUGUAGUGGAGUGUAUAGGAAGAAUCAUUUAUUGCAUAUUGUUGCUAGAAUAAGAUCAGUAUGAGUGAGGAGGGAACAGUGAAUGAAGCUUCCAAUAAGAAUGAUUCCAAUGGUAAUGGCUUGCCAGAGAAAACAGUAGAUGGCAUUAAUGAGAAGAAUGACCUGGAAGCUGAUGGAAGAAAAGUCUUGGAAAAUAAUGGAAUUAAAGACUUGAAAAAGGAUGGUGUGAAGGAAAUGGAGGAGCAUAAGAAAGUUGAUGAUGUGAAGCAGGUAGGAGAUGAGAAAGAUGAUGGUGUAAAAGAAGUGGAAAAGGAUAAGAAAGAUGAUGGUGUGGAGGAAGUGGAAGAGGAUAGGAAAGAUGACGACACAAAAGAAGUAGAAGAGAAUAAGAAAGAUGAUGUUAAAGAGAUGGAAGAGGGUAAGAAAGAUGGUGAUAUAAAAGAAGUAGAAGAUAAGAGGGAUGAAAAUGGAUCUGUGGUUGGAAAAUUGGACGAAGAGACAGUGGUUAAGGAAACUAAGGAAAGUGGAGAAGUGAAAGAGAAAGAAGCAGCUGAGAACUCCAAAAUUGACGCAAUGGAAGAAGAGGCUUCUCCCAACAUCAAGGAGGAGACCACUAAGAAGGAGGAACCUGAGCAGGUCAAGGAGGGUGAGGAUGAGGAGAAAGAGAGCAAGGAUGGCAUUGAUGAGCCAAGAGAUGGGGAAAAAGAUAAUGAAGUUAAGAAAGGAUCUAAAAAGCAUGCAAGGGGGAAGAGUGAUGAGAAGAAAGUGAAAAAUAAAAGGAAGAAAAUGUCAGUGGAGCCAAGGACUCCUGCUAUUGAUCGCCCAGUACGUGAAAGAAAAUCAGUGGAGAGGUUGGUGACAUCAUAUGAAAAAGAUGCAUCCAAAGAAUUUCACAUUGAAAAGGGCCGUGGUACACCUUUGAAAGAUAUACCAAACGUGGCAUUUAAAUUAUCUAGAAGGAAGCCUGACGAGACCUUCAGGUUGCUCCAUACCAUCCUUUUUGGAAGGAGAGGGAAGGCUCCUCAAAUUAAGAGUAAUAUAUUAAGGUUUUCAGGUUUCGUGUGGCAUGAAAAUGAGGAAAAGCAACAAAUGAAAGUAAAAGAAAAAUUUGACAAGUGUAACAAAGAAAAGUUAUUGGAAUUCUGCGAUGUGCUUGAUAUACAAGUUAACAAGGCAGCAACCAGAAAGGAAGAUAUUAUUACGAAGCUAAUGGAAUUUUUGGUGGCUCCUCAUGCUACAACAACAGUCCUACUUGCAGAAAAAGAGAAGCCAAAUAGGGGCAAAAAGCGCUCACGGGUUGAGAAAAGAGGUUCAUCGGCAUCCUGGAUCACAACUUCAAAGCGCUCUGCUAAGAGUCGGAAGAAAAAAGAGGAUUCUUCAGCUGUGGAGGAGAUGAAGAGUACUUCUGAUACUGAAGAUGAGUCAGAGGAAGAAGAGAAGGAAGAGAAAGAAGAUGAAGAAAAUGAGGAGAAUGAAAAUGGUGUUCCUGAUAAAUCGGAGGAUGAGAGGCCAGAGAAUUCUGCAAGUGAGGAGAAAAGUGAUUCUGGUAAUGAAUCUGAAGAUGAGGAAAAACCAAAGAAGACUACCAAAGCAUCAUCCCUGAAAAAAGAAUCUUCCGCAAAAGCUAAAGCCACGAAAGUCACUUUUACUAAUAAAUCUCGUUCAACAACUAAGAGAGCACCUAAGAAAUCAGCACCGAUCCAGUCCAAAGUUGCUGAUGAUAGUGAUGGAAGUCCAAAGGUCUUUUCAAGGAAGAAAAAGAAUGAAAAAGAGGAAAAGCAGAAGCCUUCAACUCUGGCAAAGUCAUCUUCCAAAGAGAAAACUGCAGAAAAAGUACUUAAGGGAAAGGGCAAGAACAAAGAGAAGUUGAUCCCCAGUGACGAACAGUUGCGAGAUGCAACGUGUGAAAUCCUUAAAGAAGUUGACUUCAAUACGGCAACAUUUACCGACAUUCUGAAGCAAUUAGCUAAGCGGUUUAAUGUGGAUCUCACCCCAAAGAAAGCAGAUAUAAAGGUCAUGAUUCAGGAAGAGCUCACAAAACUGGCUGAUGCGGCCGAUGAUGAAGAUGGAGAGGAAGAUGCUGAGAAAGAUGAAACCCAGCCUAUUGCACCGGCGGUUAAAGCAUGACUGAGAAUCCCAUUUGACUGUUUGGAGAUAGGCGUAAUAGCAAUGUAAUUUUAACCACUGUUGGGUUUCCCGUGGUAGUUAGUCUUUUGCAUAGUAAAAGCGACUGUAAUUUAUCUUUAGCUUCCAAUCUUUGUCAAAAUUUAGUGUAAGCUUUUGGUGGCUGUCAGGAUGCAGCUUCUUGUGUACAUCAACAGAUUGUACCUAUCGUUCAUGUAACUGCUGACAAACACAGGUUUCAACAAGCUUGUCCAGUUUAAUAAAGUAUUUGACUUCAAAGUAA